AUCCCAAAUCCAAAACAAAAACUACUUUCUUCACCCAUUUGGUUUUUCUCAUAUUUUCCCCAAACCAAAUGAGAGAGGUUUUGUCUUCUGUUACAUUCUUCUAAAACAGACAUUUCAAUAACUUUGUUGUUAUGUUCGUUACCUUAAGUUGUAACUGUAACUGUAACUCCUCUGUUUGUUUGUGCAUCAUAAUCAAACAAGCAUGGAAUCCAAAAAACAUAAGCAAGUCAGUUUUUAUGAGAAUGGAAACCAACCAUUUUCAUCAUGGGGAAGAAAUGAGUCUUUCGCAUCUGAAAAAUCAUCAAAUUCAGUCUCUCCUGCAUAUAAACAAACAACCCCUUUACUAAGCAAUCAAAUCGGUAUUGGGUUUGGAAGCAUAAAUAGAAUUCAUAGACUAGGAGAAGCUUUCAAGCUACCAAGCUUAAGAGUAUUCUCAAGAAAUGAUGGAAAAUGGUGGAAAAGGACACUUGAUCCAUCAAGUGAGGUGGUGUUGUUGUGGAAUCGUAUAUUCUUAGUGGCUUGUUUGGUUGCACUUUUUGUUGAUCCUUUGUUUUUUUAUCUUCCACAAGUAGAUACCAUUCAUAAUUCCUUCUGUAUGUCAAGGAAUGUGCCAUUGGGUGCUGUUGUUACCUUUUUUCGUACACUGGCCGAUGCUUUCUAUUUCUUACAUGUACUUGUUAGGUUCCGAACUGCUUUUGUAGCUCCUAGUUCUCGUGUCUUUGGAAGAGGUGAACUUGUCAUGGAUAGGAAGGAGAUUGCUAGGAGGUAUAUUAGAUCCGGUUUCUUCAUCGAUCUCAUUGCUGCAUUGCCUCUUCCGCAGAUUGUUAUAUGGUUCAUCAUUCCAGCAAUUAAGCUCUCUAAAUCAAGAAGCACUUAUAAUGCACUUCAAUUGAUUGUUUUCAUCCAAUAUAUUCCGCGAUUGUAUCUGAUUUUCCCCCUGAGUUCCGAGAUUAUUAAAGCUGCUGGUGUUGUCACUAAAACAGCUUGGGCAGGAGCUGCUUAUAAUCUUCUCUUGUACAUGUUAGCUAGUCAUAUCUUAGGGGCAGCUUGGUAUCUACUGUCUGUAGAACGUUACUCAUCGUGUUGGAAAUCAGCCUGUAGACACGAAAAGUCUCCCAUUGAAUGCCGUCUCAAAUACUUAGAUUGCAGUACGAAAGAUGAUCCUGAACGUAUCAUAUGGGCUAAUAGCACGCGGGUGUUUUCUAUAUGCGAUCCUAAUGCAAAUAGUACUUUCGACUAUGGGAUUUUUCAAAACGCAAUGCUAAAAGAUGUCGUCUCCGAUAAUUUCAUGGAUAAAUACUUCUACUGUUUAUGGUGGGGACUUCAGCAGCUCAGUUCGUAUGGUCAGAAUUUGGAAACGAGCACAUUCGUUUGGGAAAGCGCAUUUUGCAUUCUUAUCUCCAUAGUCGGUCUUGUUCUGUUUUCUCUCUUGAUUGGUAAUAUGCAGACCUACCUGCAAUCGAUCACAUCGAGGCUCGAGGAAUGGAGGCUUAGGAGACGCGACACUGAGGAGUGGAUGAAGCAUCGUCAGCUUCCUCAACACCUGCGAGAAAGAGUAAGACGGUUUGUUCAAUACAAAUGGCUGGCAACUCGAGGAGUCAAUGAAGAGGCUAUUCUUAGUAGCUUGCCAAUUGACCUACGCCGUGAAAUACAACGACAUUUGUGCUUGGAUCUUGUUCGUCGAGUUCCAUUUUUCGCUCAAAUGGAUGAUCAACUACUUGAUGCGAUUUGUGAACGGUUGAGAUCUUCUCUAAACACUGCAGGCACUUUUAUAGUUCGUGAGGGUGAUCCUGUGACCGAAAUGCUCUUCAUUAUACGAGGGAAACUAGACAGCUCAACGACAAAUGGAGGACGGUCUGGCUUUUUCAACUCGAUCACACUUAGACCAGGGGACUUCUGCGGCGAAGAACUUCUCGCGUGGGCCCUACUCUCUAGCUCGGCAAAUUUCCCAUCUUCCACACGAACAGUCAAAGCAAUAGAAGAAGUGGAAGCAUUUUCACUACAAGCGGAAGACCUCAGGUUCGUUGCAAAUCAGUUUAGACGUCUACAUAGCAAAAAACUACAACACACAUUCCGUUAUUAUUCCCACCACUGGAGGACAUGGGGUGCCUGCUUUAUUCAAGCUGCGUGGAGACGGUUUAAGAAGAGAAAAAUGGCACAAAGCUUGAGCUCGAGAGAGUCAUUUUCUAAUUUGUUUAUCGAGUCAAGUUUAUUUACACAGCAUGAAAAUGUCGAGUAUCAAAAUCUGGAACACGUUCCUGAUGAUAAUGAUGAGGAAGCGGCAGCUUCCUCCCAGGCUAUCCAACAGCUCGGAGUGACAAUUUUGGCUAAAAGAUUUGCAGGCAAUGCGCGAAAGGGGGCACAAAGGACUAGGGAUAUUGAAUUGCCUAAGAUGAUGAAGCCUCAAGAUCCUGACUUCUUUGCUGAGCCUUAAAUAGCAGUAAUUAAUUUUCUUUUUACUGUGGAAAAUGUGUCGAUCAUGAAAUUUACUUUUGCCCCUUCUAUUUUUGGGUGAUAUAAUUGUACAUUUGUAUUGGGUUGUGCAGAUAGUAAACCAAAUGUGAUUUUGAUAGAACUGUAAGAAACUAAUAUUAAUUGAAUGUAUCAAAAUGCUUUUUAUACACAGAAAGGAUACUAAGCUAACCAUAUACAAGUUAUCA